CAUUUUAAUAGUUAAAGUCUGUGUAGGAUAAUUAAUAAGCAGCAGCGUUUUGCCUUGAAAUAUCGCAAUACAAUUCAAGCGCACGGGCGGAAUCGUGAACGCACGUUAAUCGCAAACACGAAUCUGCGCGCGGCCUUCGCAUAGUGUCACCGCGUCGACACUCGUCGUCGACCGUCCCGCCACGGCAUUAUACGCUCAGCGAUGACUCGCGAAAUGAUCGCGUGUAAACGAUCCGACGACGACGGUACGGCGAAAUCGGGCAGCGGAUGCGCACACCGAACGCGACAGGCUGAAUGGUCCGUGCUGUCGCACGGCCUGUGCGCCGCCAUAAUCGCCCUAACCGCGCUCCGGGUCCUGCCGACGAUGGCCGCGUGCCUGGUCAGCGUGUGCUUCCUGCAGUCACCGGUGCUCAAGACGCUGUCGAGCAGCCUGUCCCGAUUCCUCGGAAUGCGAGGCCGCAGAUCAUCCCAAGCGAACGGCAGUGACGUUGGCGUCGGUCACGGCGGCCGACCCGUCUCGCGAAAAUGUCUGCUCGCGCCGCCGUCGACAAACUACAGUGACACGCUGCCGCCGGUUCCGUCGACGAGCGGCGAUGACGACGACGUCCCGCCGCGGUCAACGCCAACAAACGGCCGCGGUACACUGCCGCUUGUCAAAAGCAGUCUGCGAUUGCUGAAGUCAGUGAUGCGAGGCGCCCAACGUUCCGUUGUCGAUCGCCCGAAACGUUCGCGGCGGUCGUCGCGUCCGCGGUGUCGCGACACCGCGAGCAAAGGCGCUGUCACUACUUGCAACGACAUCAUCGCGAAGACCGUCGAGACGAUUACGGGUUAUCGGGUCAACGACGAUUUCGUUCGAUGUACCCAGCGUCAGUACCUGACAUGCACCACCAGAGAACAGCGAUGAUAUAGUUGUAUAUAUAGCGCGUAUAUAUCAUAUAAUAUAUAUAUAGAUUUAAACUAGUCUGUGGUUAUAUACAUAUGCGUAAAGCGGGUAUACUCGAUAGUACAUGAUACUCGAUGACGAUCUUUCGAUUUAAAAGCCACAACACGGUAACAUUUUUAUAUUCAUUACGGCGAGGAGUUUCACAAACGAUUUCUAGACAUUUAAUAGGCCAAUUACCGCGUUUAUACGCAGUCGUCGUUAAUUGAAGUCGGGUUUACAGCAACAUGUAUGUCGCCUCCAAAAUUUAAUCUCAACAUAACUAUAGACAUUUUUUGGUAGAUCGUGGUUAGCGAACGAUACCAUGAUUACCACGAGCAAUCAGAAAACGAUAAAAGCCACACGACACGACUGACGAAGUAGCUGUGAACCCAUAGCUUAACUAAAUGCACGUUAAAGUGUUCGGGUUUACAUGCAUUUUAAAUUUAUGAAACUCGACUUAUAACACCCGUACAUUUUGAUGUGAACGUUUUAUACUUGGUAACACGUAUAUUAUAAUAUUAUAAUUUAAUUUUCCAUUCCCACCAAAAAGAUUAAUGUCCAUAUAAACCCAAAACCGUUUACAUAAAUUUUUUAGCUACGGAAUAAGUCAAGUUAAUUCGAUUUGGUAAUCUAAUUAACUUUUUAAUCCACAUUAACCGUUUGUUCAUAUUCAAUAGUAAUUCAUCAGAUUCAAUAUAAUAAUACAAAUGCCAUGUAGAAACCGUUCAAUAGCGACACUCCAUUUAUAGUAGAAUAUACGUGAAUAAAUAAAAAUUCUUCCAAAUACACGCUACCAAAUUAUAUAAGAAAACAAUACGCACGUCAUUAUAGUAUUUUUAUAGUUUAACCACAAUCGAACCGCUCCCUCGCCGAUUUACCUACGCAUAUAUUACGUUCAGAAAUGAUACAGAUCAUCAAAAAUACCUAUGUAAUAAUAUAAUUUACUGGUGCACUUUCAAAAUCGAGUAUAACCAUAUUAUAUCAUAUUAGUUACUUACUAUCUAGCUAUGUACCUAUAUUUAAACCACAAAAUAUAGUAACAAAUGAUAUCAUCUAUAGCCUAUAGGUACUAUAGGUUUUAUAUUAUUUAAGAACAAGAUACUUGUUUAGGGACUACUGCAUUAUGAUGUAGCGAUAACACGCACGAAUAAUAAAUAAAUAAUACAAUUUAAAAUGUAUAUGAUAUUAUAAAUUAUAAUUUAUAAGCUCAUCACUGUUGAUCGGCUUGGAUGCCGAUGUCCUAAAAACAUAUACAAAAUGCAUUUAUAACCAAAAAAACAUAAAAAAAUGCCUUAAUAAUUUUUUAUUGUUAUCAACGCACUUUAAUUUACACCGUACUACGUUAUAUACUAAAUAUAUAACAUAAAGAUAGUUAUAUAAUUAUUUCUUAUAUUGUGUAUUAUUGAUU